AUGACUGCCACUUCUCCUGCUCCGUCACUUCCUGGACGCGGCCAAAGCCAACCCGAGAACCCCUCUCCCUCUCCACUCUCAGACAAACACAUGCUCUCCAUCGACAACCUUUUCAAAAAGGCAGGAAAAGCCAUUUUCCUCACUAUGCCUUUUCUCCAUCAUCAAACCCAUCACCACAGCGCAGGGAAGGAUGCCCAAGACAAGAAGAAGCAGCCAAAAGCCAUGCCAAUACCGACACCAACGCUGACAACAACCAGCAAGAGGAGAGACUGUCUCUCAGUCUCUAUACCAUCUUCACAGUCAUCAACCCCCCACCUCGCAAUAACCUCACCAGAUCCCUCCUCUUACACUUACCGUUAUACUCAAAGACAACCCCCGGCCCCAUAUCCGUGGACAUGGACUUGCCACCUCUGCCGCCGUAUCUGGAGAGUAGGGACUACACAGCGCUGCCUGAUUUGCGGCCAUCGCAUAUGCAUCGUACCAAGCACAAAAAAACGGGGAAGGACAGAAGAAGACAAAGACUAUCCAAAGAAAGAAGGAACAAAGAGAAGAAAGAAAGCUGCCAGUCCUCCUGCUCGUGGUAGUAUUCUCGCUGGCCGUCGAGCAGUUAUUCAAGGCGCGACAACACCAGUGCCACCGCCUCCUCCUCUUCCCCCUGUGAAAAAACCCCAACCUACCAUUGCUACGCCACCAACUCGUCCAGCGAGGAAGAAAAAGUCCAAGAUGGAAAGAAGUUGUCGAUCCCAAUUCGAUUUCGCGGGUUGGGAGAAUUGGAAUGAGUGGAGGAAGAGUGCUAAAGACGAAGACGACGACAAACAUAACCCUGGCCAUAGCGAUGACGAUAGCGAUACUAUAAGUAAUACUAGCACCGACGACGAUAACAACAACGAUCAUAAAAAACAGAGACGAAUCAUGACUCUACUCCCUGCUCAAGGCCGACUGCUAGUUAUAGGCGCAAAAAGGGAGAUUAAGACUUCUCAUGCACCACCACGCCAUCAUAACUGUUGGGAUGACUGUAGCUAUCCAAGUCAAUGCAUGCACGGGAAUCCGGAAUCGAAAGAACGGAAAUGA